AUUUAAAACUCUCGAAUCGCUUUAACGUACAUUUGAUUGAUCUCGAUUUGGAUAAAAAAGGAAUUCUUGCGUUGUUUCUGAAAUAUUUGAAAAUUUGAAAGUCAUUCCAAGGAUCGCUGUAAAUACGAAUGGCAGAAAUUACAUGCAUCUUGCAACAGUUUUGAUUGGUCAACGAAAUACAGUUCAUCAUGGAGUACGUGGAUGCUGCAAAGGGUGAAACCAAUGACAAUUGUUCUAAUGUAACCCCUUGUGCUGAAUUAGUAUCAAAUACAAAUUCUAAUGAAAAUUCAUCUAUAGAAAUAAAAGACCCUACGCCAAAGUGUGAAAUUUUAGAUGCACAGCCAAAAGAUAAUAUUGCAACUAAUUCGCAAGAUCCACCCAGAGAGAAUAUAGACUUUAAAGUGAUUUAUAACAAACAGCGGAUUAACAUAAAUUUCCCGCUGGAUGGAACUGUUGCAGAAUUAAAAGCACAUCUACAAAACAUCAUAUCUGUACCACAAGCCAUGCAAAAAGUUAUGAUCAAAGGUUUAGCCAAAGAUGAACAAACGCUUAAAAGUUUGGGUGUUACAAAAGGUGCCAAAGUCAUGGUAGUAGGAUCAAAGUUAGAUGAUGUAUUAGCUGUGUCAAUUCCAACAAAGCAAGAUCUUUCGGACGAAGCUGCUUCCACCGCGGAUAAGGAACCAUGGUCUCAGCAGAAAAUGCAUAGGAAAGUUUUAGAUAAAGGUAUUCCGGAAGAUGUUAUGCCUGGUUUAUUAGGUAGCAGCAAGCCCUUACCCGAAUUUCCAUUAUUUGGCAUGUUAAACAAAUCUGGUGGCAAAGUUAGAUUAACAUUUAAACUGGAACAAGAUCAACUUUGGAUAGGUACAAAAGAAAGAACCGAUAAAGUACCUAUGAAUUCCAUAAAAGGUGUACACAGUGAAGCUAUACACGAUCAUCCAGAAUAUCAUAUUAUGGCUAUACAACUGGGCACAACAGAGGCUUCGAGAUAUUGGAUAUAUUGGGUUCCUGCACAAUACAUACCGGCUAUAAAAGAUGCUAUUCUUGGCAAGUGGUGCUACUUCUGAUCAAUCUCGCUGAUGGAAAUGUCUGUCUUUACAAAAGCAAAGUGUAAUCAGGUGUAAGCAUUGAUACAAACACGACUGUGCUAGUCACACACUUUUAACAGAGGAAGUGAAGAAAGAAGUUAUGAUGUUGCAUUUACAAUCUUUUGAAGUUCGUCGAGAAAUAAUUCAACUUUUUAUCAUAUUUAACAAUAUUAAAGAAUAAAUUAUAAUAGUUCAGGUACGCGAGUAAUGUUUUCAAUUUUAUUACAAUAUUUAUAAUUUAGAUUUAAUAUCGAAACAGCUCUCUUAAAUAUUAUCACGAUCGUAUGUUGCUUAAUCAGAAGAUAAAAUAGCACGAAUUAUAAGUAUUGGUUAGAUUCUAGCGAACUAGGUCACUAUCAAGAUAUACAUAUAGUCCGCAUUUUGCGCGAAAGAAAAAACAUUCAUUACACGACAUUGUUCGAUAAUAAAACAACGAAUUUGUUGCCAAAUUAAAUGCAUCCAUAUUUACGUUUGAGUUUUAACAUUUACCUAUACAAAAAGAAUAAAUUGUCAGGGAAAAGAACUGUCUCAGAAUUAGAAGUUUAUUAAAAUUCAAGUGGACUGUAUCUCGACGAGCAUAAAGCAAAUUAAUAUUGCAUAACUUUAAUAUUAUAACUGCUGUAAAUUAGGUUUUAUACCAUGUAAUGUAUACAACUAAAAUGAAAAUUACGAAAAAUGACAAAUCAAAUUUAUCUACCGUAAUAUCUACAUGGAAUUCAUAACUGCAAUUUGCACAUUAAAAAUCAAUUUCAAUGUCCGUUUAAAUAUGAC